AAAUUCCGUUGGUGGCGCAUCCGUCGAUGCAACAUGGACCGUGUGCUUGUCCAUGUGUUUGCGAUUGCAUAGAGUUUGCACUCCGUCUGUGGUGUUUGUAUUACAAAAACACGGAAAACACCCCAUAAAGUUAUUCCUUAGGUAGUACACCAUGGAACGACGUGGCGGAAGGAAACACUCUGAAUCAGGCGUGGAAGAUUCCUUCGUCUUCAAUAAAGCGAUCACAUACGAUGAACAGGACGAAGACUCAGAUAAAGAUGACGCUGAACUUAAAUUGGAAGAGCUUGUUUUUGGCGAGUUGACUGUGAAAGCCACAGCAGAAAAGGCGUCAAAAAAACGAAAGCUUGACGUGCAUCGGAGAAAACAGACCAGCGUAUCAACUGAUGGUGCAGAAACGGACGACGAACUUCAAGUUGAUCCAGGAGCGGCUGCUGAUGAAGAAGCGGAUCGGGAUGAUGAUAUCGAACUUAUUGGCAGGGAAAGUACUAACAAAAAGAAACCAGCGUGGAUAGAUGCAGAUGAUGAGGAAACAUUGGUCAAGGAUAAGCUGUGCCUGAUGACGAGACCACCUGCGGAGAUGUGCGCCAGCGAAAACGAGCAGUACUCAGAGUUACUCAAGAAGAGGUUCAAAAAGGUAAUGGGAGCUCCAAAAUGGGCCGAACAGAAGGAAGAGGAGAGAUCAGAUGAAGAGGAUGAAAUGCUUACAAGGAUAGGAACGUUCGUUGGAAAGUCGACGAGCCUGCCACAAACAAAUAUUGAUAUCCACAGGCGUACGCACUUGAACAAAGAAGCAAAAGGAAAGGCGAUACUCAAAGCAGUCGAGUUUCAUCCCAAGUCUCAAGUGGCUGUGGUUGCUGGCGUGUCUUCCACCGCUACAAUUUUUCAGGUGGACGAAAAGACGAAUCCCAAGAUCCAGUCUGUACACUUCCAAAACUUUCCAAUUCACUGCGCUCAUUUUUCUCACAACGGGGAGGAGCUGCUGGUAGGCUCCACAGAAUACAGCCACCUCAACACCUACGACAUGAUGGUCGGUACGACCAUGCAAACGAGGUUCCCAAAAAGGCUGAACGUGAGUACCACGAAGCGGUUCUACGUGUCACCAGACGGCAAGCACUUGUUGCUGUGUGGCAGAUUCGGUGAAGUUCACAUACUGGCAAGCAAGUCCAAGGAAUGCAUAGGAACGCUAAAAAUGAAUGGGGAUGUCCGAGCGAUUGCAUUCAACGAAGACGGCUCAGUUAUGUACACUCAUGGUGGAUCCGAAGUUUACGUUUGGGACAUGAAGGCUCGCCAGUGUCUGCACAGGUUUUACGAUCACGGUUGCAUCCUGGGAACUGCUUUGGCCACCUCCCCCAAUGGACAGUUCUUGGCAACAGGAUCUGAUAGCGGAGUUGUGAAUAUCUAUGAAACGGGUGACUUGCUCAAAUCCCGAAGUCCUAAUCCAUUGAAAGCAGUGAUGAACCUAACGACAGAGGUGACCCAACUCAAAUUUAACUCUACUUCGGAGCUGCUUGUCAUGAACUCAUCUCACAAACGGAGCGGUACCAAGCUGGUACACUUUCCAAGCAUGACCACUUUCUCAAACUUCCCGGGUAGGCAUGACUUGAAGUUUCCGAACUGCAUUGAUAUCUCCCCACACAGUGGGUACCUAGCUGUUGGGAACAAUGUUGGAACUGCAUAUCUUUUCAGGGUGAAGCAUUACUCUAAUUUCUGAGAAGCCAACAGAUAAUGCAGCUAUUCAAUGUUUGAUAAAUAUUUGUAAAAUAAAGUUAUUUUCACAUUGUCA